CGAAUCCAUUGUCAGACUGGUAUAAAGUUAGUAUAAACAAUCGUCCGAAACAAAAAUCAUCUAAUGACGAAAUAAAAAUCUAGAUCUAGAUCUAGCUCUAUAUUUAUUAUUAUUAUAGCGUAUGUUUGAUUAUGAUAGUUUAGAUUUAUCUAAUAUCUAGAUUUAGAAUAAAUUUUAGAUUCAAAUGAAAUUCUAAAAAUGGGAUUAAACAGCAGUGUAGAAGAGGUUAGCAGUAGACUUAAGUCUACUCAAACUAAUCAUAGCAAGAAACCUGCAGAUAACUCAAAACUUCAGUCUUCCACUGAGACUGCUAACGAUAAGUGUGAGCUGCAGAAGAUUCAUCAUGAUCAUAGAUCUAGAUCUAGAUCUCAUUCUAAUCAGCAUAACGUUAGCAAUAAUUUUGAAAACAACAUAACAACCGAGUCUUUGGUGUCAAAUUUACCUGACUGUCAGGCUGUCAACAAAAACACUGGAGUAGAAACUAGAUCUAUCUGCAAAAAAGAUUAUGGAUUUUUGAUCGGCAAUCUGGACAAGUUCCCUGCAUCAGCCCAAAGAUUGUUCAGUUUAGCUCGGCUGUACCUGGACACAGGUUUGACCAGAACUGACCAGGGGUUCAUUGCUCUCUUCAACUCUUUGGAAUCUCAAGGUCCAACAUUGGAUGAAGAUUGUGCUGCCUGUGGUCAUCAGACUGACCUGUUUACUCCACUGACCAGGUCAGCUCCCCUGUAUGUAGGCCAGACAUUUAUCCAGUGGAAGUCUGCCCGAGAUGUCUUGCAGCUGUCCAGUCUGUGUCUGCCCAGACGUCAGGUCAUCUACCUCUUGCCUGUGCUUCCCUUCCCAGCAUUCAUCACUGACUUGACCCUGACCAUCCACCAGUUGACCCUUGGCCUGUUUGAAGUUCUACAAAGCUGGACUCAGAUCUUUUUCCUGGGCUAUGAGGUUUUGAUCCUACCCCCUGUCAGCCCUGAGUCAAGACAGUGGAGUGUGAGAGAGCAGCAAGCUCCCACUGGCCGCUACUGUGUGGAUGAUCUCCUGCCACUCUUGGAGGCUGAGCUGCCCAGAGAUGGGCUGUGUGUUGCUGGCCUGACCUGGGCUGACCUUUACCCCCAGGGCUUCAACUCUGUGCUGGGCCAAGCCUCCUACAAACACAAGGCAGCUGUUGUCAGCUUUGGAAGGGGAGACCACCUAGCUCAGACUGGCCAGGAUAUAGGCACAGUGGAUGGGAAGCUACUCUGGCAACUCUUCAAGACCUUGACCCAUGAGCUGUGCCAUCUAUUUGGACUAGACCACUGCAAGUUUUUCCGCUGUGCUAUGAAUGAAAGCAGCGCCGUGAGCCAGGCUCUGGCCCAGCCGCUGUUUCUGUGUCCUGUGUGUCUGAGGAAGGUGCAGGCCUCCUGCAGGUUUGAUGUCUUGGAGCGCUACAAGUUGAUGCUUGAGUUUCUCCACAGCAUCAGCUCUCAGCUAGACCACUGCAACAACUUCCAAGAGUCAAGUCUAUGGCUGCAGCAAGCUGUCAGCUACCUCGGGUCUUGAUCACUGCCUUCACCUGCGUCAGCAACUGGAGUCAGAUGUUUACCUGAGUCAGCCGCUGGAGUCAGAUGUUUACCUGAGUCAGAUGUUUACCUGAGUCAGCCACUGGAGUCAGAUGUUUACCUGAGUCAGAUGUUUACCUGAGUCAGAUGUUUACCUGAGUCAGCCACUGGAGUCAGAUGUUUACCUGAGUCAGAUGUUUACCUGAGUCAGCAACUGGAGUCAGAUGUUUACCUGAGUCAGCCACUGGAGUCAGAUGUUUACCUGAGUCAGCCGCUGGAGUCAGAUGUUUACCUGAGUCAGAUGUUUACCUGAGUCAGCCAUCAGAUGUUUACCUGAGUCAGCCACUGGAGUCAGAUGUUUACCUGAGUCAGAUGUUCACCUGAGUCAGAUGUUUACCUGAGUCAGAUGUUUACCUGAGUCAGCCGCUGGAGUCAGAUGUUUACCUGAGUCAGAUGUUUACCUGAGUCAGCCACUGGAGUCAGAUGUUUACCUGAGUCAGCCUGCUGGAGUCAGAUGUUUACCUGAGUCAGCCUGCUGGAGUCAGAUGUUCACCUGAGUCAGCCUACUGGAGUCAGAUGUUUACCUGAGUCAGCCACUGGAGUCAGAUGUUUACCUGAGUCAGCCUGCUGGAGUCAGAUGUUUACCUGAGUCAGCCUGCUGGAGUCAGAUGUUUACCUGAGUCAGAUGUUUACCUGAGUCAGCCACUGGAGUCAGAUGUUUACCUGAGUCAGCCUGCUGGAGUCAGAUGUUUACCUGAGUCAGAUGUUUACCUGAGUCAGCCACUGGAGUCAGAUGUUUACCUGAGUCAGCCUGCUGGAGUCAGAUGUUUACCUGAGUCAGCCUGCUGGAGUCAGAUGUUUACCUGAGUCAGCCUGCUGGAGUCAGAUGUUUACCUGAGUCAGAUGUUUACCUGAGUCAGCCUGCUGGAGUCAGAUGUUUACCUGAGUCUGAUGUUUACCUGAGUCAGCCACUGGAGUCAGAUGUUUACCUGAGUCAGCCACUGGAGUCAGAUGUUUCCCUGAGUCAGAUGUUUACCUGAGUCAGCCUGAUGGAGUCAUAAGUUUGGCUGAGUCAGCCACUGGAGUCAGAUGUUUCCCUGAGUCAGAUGUUUACCUGAGUCAGCCUGAUGGAGUCAUAAGUUUGGCUGAGUCAGCCACUGGAGUCAGAUGUUUACCUGAGUCAGCCACUGGAGUCAGAUGUUUCCCUGAGUCAGAUGUUUACCUGAGUCAGCCUGAUGGAGUCAUAAGUUUGGCUGAGUCAGCCACUGGAGUCAGAUGUUUACCUGAGUCAGCCACUGGAGUCAGAUGUUUACCUGAGUCAGCCACUGGAGUCAGAUGUUUACCUGAGUCAGAUGUUUACCUGAGUCAGAUGUUUACCUGAGUCAGAUGUUUACCUGAGUCAGAUGUUUACCUGAGUCAGAUGUUUACCUGAGUCAGCCACUGGAGUCAGAUGUUUACCUGAGUCAGCCUGCUGGAGUCAGAUGUUUACCUGAGUCAGAUGUUUACCUGAGUCAGCCACUGGAGUCAGAUGUUUACCUGAGUCAGAUGUUUACCUGAGUCAGCCUACUGGAGUCAGAUGUUUACCUGAGUCAGAUGUUUACCUGAGUCAGCCACUGGAGUCAGAUGUUUACCUGAGUCAGCCACUGGAGUCAGAUGUUUACCUGAGUCAGAUGUUUACCUGAGUCAGAUGUUUACCUGAGUCAGAUGUUUACCUGAGUCAGAUGUUUACCUGAGUCAGAUGUUUACCUGAGUCAGCCACUGGAGUCAGAUGUUUACCUGAGUCAGCCUGCUGGAGUCAGAUGUUUACCUGAGUCAGAUGUUUACCUGAGUCAGCCUGCUGGAGUCAGAUGUUUACCUGAGUCAGCCACUGGAGUCAGAUGUUUACCUGAGUCAGCCACUGGAGUCAGAUGUUUCCCUGAGUCAGGUGUUUACCUGAGUCAGCCUGAUGGAGUCAGAUGUUUCCCUGAGUCAGAUGUUUACCUGAGUCAGCCUGAUGGAGUCAUAAGUUUGGCUGAGUCAGCCACUGGAGUCAGAUGUUUACCUGAGUCAGCCGCUGGAGUCUUUGCUUGCGUCAGCUGGAGUCAGAUUAAAACUACUGUGCAAUACAUAUCUACAUAAAGGUCAAGCUUGUAGCUGAAUGAACCAAAGUAUUGAUGCAGGUAAACAGUUCUUCUCUCAUGUUUAAACAAAGUCCCAAGUAACAAGCUUGUUAUUUGGAGUUAUAAGUUUUUUUUUAUUUUCAGAUUUUAUAGUUUCAGUAUACAGAAAUAUGCAGAUAAAUGUUAUUAGUAGAAAAAUAUGUAUAUUGUCAAAAAAUGUGACUCAUCUAUUUUGUUUGCUCUUGCUCCAUGUGAUUUGGUCAUCUAAAUGUGAUUUACAGAUUGUAUGGGUCCUCU